UUGCAAACUAUCAACAAAGUUGUGUUGGCAAAACAAUUUCUGGAAAACUAACAAUAAUUAUUAAAUGUAGAGGUGUUUGUGUUUAUAAUUUUACAUAAACUUUUGCAAUGUCUUCAUGGUUGAAUUUAAACGAAAGCUUGAACAGUUUAAAAGGCCAAAUCAGUAAUUUCGCCAGCAAUGUUUUGGCGGACGAUGAAGCACCACAGAUGUCUGACGUAAACUAUGAAGAACUGAAAAGGAUAUGUAUUCAGCAGGAACUUGAAAUAGAAAAAUUGAAAAGCUUUACCAAGGCACUUCAAUCUUCCAAAUCCAACAACGAAAAACAAAAUGGGGAACUCAACCAAAACAGCUGGGACUGGGAUACGGCCGAAUCUGCAGAGGUCGAUCUGUCAACGGCGGACGAGAUAUCGGACUUGAGGAAAUACGUCAGCACUUUGAAGAAUGAAAACAGAGAGCUGGCUAAUCAGCUGGAACAGUUGGAUUCGGAACAUCAGCAGAAUAUCGCUGAAUUGGUGAAAAUAAAAGAAAAUCUUCAAGAGGAAAACGAAACUUUAAAAGCGAAAUUCAAAGAACUGAAACAAAACCACGAAAUAUUGCGCUCGAGCGAAGAAAAGCUCAAACGAAGUAGUAAAAGAGUUGAAAAUGAUCGCGACUCACAGGAAUUACUACAAGAAUUGGGAAGAACUAAAACGGAGCUCAGCGUUCUUAAAAGCGCCCACCAAAUUUUAGAACAAACUUUAAAUGAUACGAAGAUGGAUGCGAAGCGCGAUCUGAACGCAGUCCUCGACGAACUCAAAAAAAGCGAAGCGGAAAACAGGAUAAUUUAUGGGAAGCUGCAAAAAUCCAAAGAACUUGUCGAAACUGCAGAACUGAAAAACCGGGAAGAUGCAAAAAACUGCGAAAAAUUAGCGUUCAUAUUGGAAACGUACGAGAAACAGGUAAGCGAACUGAAAAACGAAUUAGGCGAAGCGUCCAACAAUCAAGCGGAAAUGAAAGCGCAAUUGAAAAAGUUGGAGAAAUCCAAACAAAUCCUUCAAGGUGAACUCGACGUCGCGAAUUCAAAACUGGCGGAGUUUGAAUCAAAAUUCGCCCUACUGGACAAUAUUACAGACGAUACGGAGGAAAAGGCGCUCAAAGGACAAAUGGCCACAGUAGUUGCGGAGAAAGAAAGCUUGCACAAAAUGUACGUGAAUAUAAUUACCGAAAACGUGAAGAGAUAUACGGCCUCGCAAUCCUCAGACUUACUGGUCGAGCCUUGCGAAGAUCCGCAUUUAUUGGAAUUCAGCAAGCAAGUGGAAAAUAUUUUCAAUAUCCUAUCCGAGCUUAAAUCCAAAUGCGAGCACUUGGAAAAUGAAAAUUUGGAAAUAUCCCGCGAGAAAACUCAAAUUUUGACUGAAAAGAACUACGAAAUUGAAAAGUUGAUGCAGAACUCCGAAGACCUGAGUCAGGAAAUUAUGUCGAAGAGUGAGGCAAUCAAAGAACUGGAAAAUGAGAUCUACGAUCUGGGUAAAAACAAUGAACUGCUAAUGUCGGAAUUGAACGAUCACAAAAACGCCGGUCUUCAAACUAUCUCGGAAUCAAACGAAGAUAACAUGGUUCUGCUAGAAAAUCAGUUGGAAAACGCAAAUCGAAGAAUCAAAGAGUUGGAAGAAACAAUAGGCAAUUCGCUGGAGACGAGGGAACGUUCCAUGCCAGAUGGUGCGGCAAAAGAAGAUACAAACGAGAAGUCAGAAGGCUCUUCGGAUAUCCCAGAAUCCCUGGUGGGAGUGAGUAAAACCGAGCGCGAUUAUCGGGAGUUAUUGAAUAGCUUCGACGAUUUAAAAAUAGACUACGAUCUGAUGAAGAACGAGCUGGAGAAUACGAAGAACGACUUAGAGUUGGCGGAUAAAGAGAACGAAGAACUGAGGACUCACUUGGAAAGAGCGAGGGCCGACUUUGAAAAUACGGAGUACCAACUCACAGAAGCCAACAUCACCAUCGACACUUUACACGAAGAACUGCAGACAUGCAAAGCAAAAAUUGACACCCUCGUCGAAGAAAAUCGAAAAUUAGGCGAGUUGAAGACGGAAAGUGAAAAAAGCAACACCCACGCAAAAUCUGAAAUGAACACCUUAAGAGAAUUACUACUCAACGAAGAGAAUCGAAGAAGGGAAUUUGAAGCUCAAACGAAAAACCUCACAGAGAAGUUGCAAAAUGCGAAAAUGGUCGAAACUACCCUGAAACUGCAAUACGAUACCUUAAGUAAAGAUUAUAGCGGCUCGGUGGAAGCGAAAAAAAAAUCAGAGCAAACACUGGAGACCACUAAAGGCCUCAUACAGGAGUAUGAACAGAAUUAUAAUGAACUACUACAAAAAUAUGACUCCAUUCUAUUGAAGUGUGAAGACUUGAAUACCCGAAUUUUAGAAAAAGAAAACGAACUGUUGAGAAUUGAGGGCGCAUUUAACGAGGUCCAGCAGCAAAAGUCGGAAAUGGAGAAAGUAAUUGAACACAAAGAAUGCAAAUUAUUAAGCUUGGACCGAAUGUUAAAAGAUCUCCAACAGGAAAGGGAAGAACUGAAAAACAUUACCAAUGGACAAACACAACCACAAGAGAGCAAAGAAGGCGAACCAGUGUCCCAAGAAAAAAUGAAAUUAGAACAAGAGAUUGAUAAUUUACAACAAGCUUUGAAGCAGAGCAUAGACGGCCAAAAAAAUUUGCAACAACAGCUUGCGGAUGUUACCAACUCGAGGAACGAAUUGAUAGGUCUAAUAACCACAAAACAUCAAGAGAGCUUGUCGUAUCACAACGAAGUACAAAGAUUAUCUCAAUUAUUGAAAAGCAAUUCGGAAAAAUGCGAGAAAUUAGAAUCCCAACUAGCAGAAACCCAAAGUUCUUUCAAAAUCGAAGAGCUAACAGAUCAAAUAAAUUUUCUGAAAGAGAAGUGUGACAUACUGGGAAAGCAGGUCCUAGAGAAAUCUGGACCGUCUGAGAAAGAACUGUCGCUCUCCAAACAACUGGAAAGACUGCAGUCCCAUCUAGUUGAAAUACAAGAACACUAUACUCAAGAGCUUCUUCAAGUUGAGCAGAAAAAUGGCGCACUACAAACGAAGUUAAACGAACUCCAACAAAGGGAGAAAGACUCUAGCACUAUGUACACCUCGGUGAGCAUCAGAGCCAAUCAACAAUUAGAAACUCUGCAGAGUCAACUACAAAUUGUAACGAAUCAACGCGACGAACUGAGGAAAAAAAUUUCUGAUGCUGAAGAUCAGAACAGCAAACAGGCGGCAGCUCUUGCAAACCUUCAGUUUGUUUUGGAACAGUUCCAGCGAGAUAAAGAGAAGGACGUUAUGAAAGAAACUGAUCGAAUAAGACGACAAAUAACUACUGAGAAAAGGGUACAGGAAGACUUGCGCAACGAAAUCGUCAGUCUUAAAUCGCAAUUAGACGAGAGCAAGCAGGGUUUGCAAGCAGCAUCGCGACUGUCUGACCAAUUGGAGCUAUCCAAAAAGCAAAACUUGGCACUUAAGGAAGAAGUGACUCAGCUCCAAGGAAAUCUGUUGAAGAGUGAACAAACGCUGCACAAGCUGACAAAUCACACUGAAGGAAAAGUUGACAAAAGCCUGAUUAAAAAUCUCAUUGUCGGUUUUCUGUCGUCUGGCAACGCAAACAGUUGGAACAAAGACCAAGCACAGAUUUUAAAAAUUAUCGCCACAGUUUUGGACUUUAACCAGCAGGAUCACGAAAAGGUGAAACUAAAUCAGCCGCAACAGGGAUGGUUGGGUUCUAUACUAUUUCCGCAGUCCGCAGCCCACAAUAUUUCGCAAGAGUCAUUGUCGCAAGCGUUUAUAAAAUUUUUGGAAACUGAAUCUAAGCCACGCGAGAUUCCAAGUUUACUCGAUACGUCCAGAGAACUAUCAAAGCCCAGUACAAGCAGCGAUAGCAGCAGGCGAAAUACACCUAGAGUUUCGCCGAUUAUUUUAAGCGAAAUUGUUCUUCCGACUUUUGCCGAUUUCGGUCAGAAUCGGAAUUCCAGUUCUAUACUCAAAGACGUUUUGAAAGAUAACAGCUAAUUCUUUAUCUAUUGUAUUGUUAUAUGUUAUAUAUGGUCAAAUUAUAAUUAUUUCCUCAAAACCCACAAUUAAUUCAAACCGAAUUGGUGGCCGUUAAAUAUAAUAAAUUUUUAUGAUGUAUAUAUGUGCCAAUACAUGUACAUAGUACAUUUUGUUAAGCUGUUUGUAAAUAAAGG